CAAGCUUCUGCUAGAAUUACGAAAGCCCGAUCUAUAAAGGGUUCUCAUCCAGAAGCUAGGCUCCGCAAAUGUCUCACCGUGCUGAGUCGGUCAGGUUUGACCUGCAACUGGAGAGUGCGCGACACAGCAUGGAGGAAGAUGUGUCGAAAAAGGCUCCCCCACAGAAUGACAGCCCCGGGGAUCCGUUUGGGGAGGAGGUCGAAGGGCAAAUGCAGUACAAGACAUUAAGUUGGUGGCAAUGUGGGAUGCUAAUGAUCGCCGAAACCGUGUCCCUGGGGAUCUUAUCGCUCCCAGCGGCUGUUGCAGCUCUGGGGAUUGUUCCAUCAAUCAUCGCCCUGCUCGGGCUAGGAUGCAUGGCAACAUACACAGGGUACGUGAUCGGACAGUUCAGAUGGCGAUAUCCGCAUGUGCACAGCAUGGCCGACGCAGGGGAGGUGCUGUGGGGCUCGUUCGGCCGUGAGCUGCUAGGAGGGGGCCUCAUCCUCCUCCUCAUCUUCGUGAUGGGCAGCCAUCUACUGACCUUUUCGGUGGCGAUGAGCACAAUGACGGAGCACGCGACCUGCUCCAUUGCCUUUAGCAUCGUGGGCUUCGCCAUCUCGCUACUCUGCACACUACCGCGCACCAUGCGAGGAAUGACCCUCAUGGCUAUCAUCUGCUUCAUAAGCAUCCUCUCCGCCAUCUUCGUGGUAACCAUCGACCUCGGCAUCAUCAACAAAGACCACUACCACGCCACCGCAGUCCACCGCACCGACCUCAACAAAGGCUUCCUAGCCAUCACCAACAUGGUCUUUGCAUUCGCCGCCCACGCCGCCUUCUUCAGCUUCAUCUCCGAACUCAAACACCCAAAAGACUACCCCAAAGCCCUCUACCUCCUCCAAACCAUCGACACAACCCUCUACAUCCUCGUCGCCGUGCUCAUCUACUACUUCGCCGGGCCGACCGUCGUCUCCCCGGCAUUGGGCUCUGCCUCGCCGGUGGUCCGGAAGAUCAUCAUCUCCGGCGUCGUCAACGGCCACAUCGCCUGCAAAUACAUCUACAUCCGGCUCUUCCGCGGCACGGACCGGGUGCACGCGACCGACUGGACGAGCUACGCGCUGUGGGCGGGGAUCGCGCUGGGCGUGUGGGCGCUGGCCUGGGUCAUCGCCGAGGCGAUUCCGAGCUUUAGCAAUAUCUUGAGCUUGGUGGCUUCGUUGCUUGCGACGUGGUUUACUUACGGACUUCCGGGGAUUUUCUGGCUGUAUCUGAACUGGGGGUUGUGGUUCAGCAGCCUCGGGAAGUUCGCCUUGACGGUGGUGAAUGUGUUUAUGUUUUGCGCCGGGGCGAUUAUUUGUGGCCUGGGGCUCUACGUUUCUGGGAAAGCAAUCCAUGAGACGCCCGCGCAGGCCUCGUUCUCUUGUGCUAGUUCUUGA